AUGAUCAAGAAGGUUCGCGCAUCGUUGGGAGAGGAACCAGUUGAAGUUCCAGCGGAAAAAGCUGCUCCAGAAGUUCAACAAGCUCAAGAACAAGAGCCAUGUGAUGUUUUCGAAGAAAAACCUGUCCUGGAAAAAGUCGAGUUCGAAGCUCAACAACCAUCUACAGAACAAGAUUCUGCUCAAGUCAAGCGCACUCCAUCUGUCAAACAAUGA